CCUCCUUUUGGCCUUUUGCAAUAUGCUAAAGCACACUAACUUUGUAUAUUAACCAUGUACUUUAAAGAUCUCAUCCAUUCGUCACUCAUUAUUGCUGCUUUCACUUCAACACAAGUGUGAGAUUUGCAUGCACUCAACUCAACAUAAGCUAACACACAAACUCUUCUUUGGUGGCAGAAGCUGCAGGGCUGUGAAAUAAAGCUAGCUACAGCUGCAAGUGAAAUUUUGUUUGCUUUAAGGUGAUUGCAUUUGUUUAAGUGAAAGGAAGGGAAGAAGUGGGCGGGAGAUGGAGGAAGGAAAAAGUUGGGAAUCAGAUGAUGAUCAGGUCAGCGAUGUUGAGAAUGACGCGGCUGCAUCUUUUGGUGUUAAUGGUGUUGAUAGGUAUUGGUCAGACAUGUCAGAAAGAAAUAUGUCGUACAGGGAACCACUUAUAAAAAGGAGGAUGAACACCACCUCCCAGAUUGCCAUUGUUGGUGUGAAUGUUAGCCCCAUUGAAAGCCUGGAUUAUGAGAUUAUUGAAAAUGAACUAUUUAAACAAGACUGGCGGUCGAGGAAAAAGAUCCAGAUAUUUCAGUAUAUUUCUCUGAAAUGGGCAUUUGCCCUCCUCAUCGGUGUUGGAACUGGACUUGUUGGAUUUUUUAAUAACAUUGCUGUUGAGAACUUAGCGGGAUACAAGUUGUUGCUGACCACAGACCUCAUGUCUGAACAAAAAUAUUACAAAGCAUUUUUAGCAUAUGCUGGUUGCAAUGUAGUAUUGGCAACUGCUGCAGCUGUCCUUUGUGCGUAUAUUGCUCCAGCAGCAGCAGGGUCUGGCAUUCCUGAGGUGAAGGCAUAUCUUAAUGGAAUUGAUGCUAAUUCUAUAUUAGCCCCACGUACACUAUUCGUAAAGAUAUUUGGUUCCAUUUUUGGUGUUUCUGCUGGAUUUGUGGUGGGUAAAGAAGGGCCCAUGGUACACACAGGUGCCUGUAUAGCUUCAUUGCUUGGACAGGGAGGAAGUAAAAAAUAUCACCUGACAUGGAAUUGGCUUAGAUACUUCAAAAAUGAUAGAGACCGGCGAGACUUAAUUACCUGUGGUGCUGCUGCUGGUGUAGCUGCAGCUUUUCGGGCUCCAGUUGGUGGGGUCCUGUUUGCUCUUGAAGAAGCAGCUUCAUGGUGGCGAAGUGCUCUUCUCUGGAGAACCUUCUUCACAACAGCUGUAGUUGCUAUAGUAUUGAGAGCUUUCAUUGAAUACUGUGGGACUGGAAAGUGCGGGCUAUUCGGGCAAGGUGGUCUUAUAAUGUUUGAUGUCAGUUCAGCAACUGCAUCAUAUACAGUUCCAGAUAUACUAGCAGUACUGUUCCUUGGUGUUAUUGGAGGUAUUUUCGGAAGCAUAUACAAUUAUCUGGUGGACAAGGUUCUCCGGACGUAUAGCAUCAUUAAUGAGAAAGGUGCUAUUUUUAAAGUAAUACUGGUGAUCGCUAUCUCUCUGCUGACAUCGUGUUGUGCUUACGGGCUCCCAUGGCUAGCACAUUGUAUUCCUUGCCCCGAACAUUUAAAAGUAAGCUGCCCAACAGUUGAUGGAUCUGGUAAUUUCAAACGCUUCCACUGCCCACCGGGUCACUACAAUGACCUUGCCUCGCUCUUCCUGAACACUAAUGAUGAUUGUAUUCGCAACCUUUUCAGCACCAGCACUGAAAAAGAGUUUCAUAUAAGCAGUCUCUUCAUAUUCCUUGUUGCUAUUUAUUUUCUAGGAAUUAUUACUUAUGGAAUUGCUAUUCCAUCUGGGCUCUUCAUCCCAGUGAUAUUAGCUGGAUCUUCGUAUGGUCGUCUUGUUGGAAGACUCUUUGCACCCUUCUCUAAACUUGACAUGGGACUGUUUUCCCUCCUAGGAGCAGCCUCCUUCCUCGGUGGUACUAUGAGAAUGACAGUUUCCCUUUGUGUUAUACUUCUUGAACUAACCAAUGAUAUACUAUUGCUCCCUCUUGUAAUGUUGGUCCUGUUGAUUUCCAAAUCUGUGGCUGAUACCUUCAACAAGGGUGUCUAUGAUCAAAUAUUAAAACUAAAAGGCUUGCCUUAUCUGGAGUCACAUGCAGAACCUUACAUGAGGAAUUUGGUUGCCCGCGAUGUUGUUUCUGGGCCUUUGAUUACAUUUUCUGGCAUAGAGACAGUUGGAGCCAUUUUACAUGCCCUUAGGACAACAGGGCACAAUGGGUUUCCUGUGAUAGACGAACCACCAUUGACCGAUGUUCCAGAAUUGUGUGGGGUUGUUCUGAGGUCUCAUUUGCUUGUAUUUCUCAAGGAGAAAUAUUUCUCCGGUGUCAAGGUGCUUAGCGGGAAAGAAAUUUUGCAAAGGUUUGAUGCAUCUGAUUUUGCCAAGGCUGGAUCAGGAAAAGGUCUUACACUUGAGGAUCUAGAUAUUAAAGAGGAAGAACUGGAAAUGUUUGUCGAUCUUCAUCCUAUUACAAAUACUUCCCCUUUUACAGUGGUAGAGACAAUGUCACUGGCUAAAGCUGCAAUUCUCUUUCGCCAACUUGGACUCAGGCAUAUGUGUGUUGUACCAAAAGCUCAAGGGAGGCCCCCUAUAGUUGGAAUCUUGACACGCCAUGACUUCAUGCCAGAGCACGUAUUAGGACUUUAUCCUCGACUGAAUCCUCACAAGUAGACCAGCAGUUACUGGAUCUUAUUGCCAAAAUAUCUUUUAUAUGAAGUGUGUAAGAAAGUUAGGUACCAGAGGUGCAUUUAUGGAAAUCCAUUGUUCCCUUCAGUAUCGAAGGUAAUAAUGACUCAAGGACAAAGAUAACACGGGAGCCCGAGAAAGCUGAAUGCCAAGUGCGGUUCAAUGAGAAUUUCCUGCGGAAGUGAUCCAUGUUACAGGUCACAUACAUCAUGGUACUGAUAGAUUAUAUCUGGAUGAUUUGUUGCAUCCAUUGAAACUGUUAUGAAAAACAAGUAUAAGAAAUUGUUUUACAUUUUUUGUGAAUUAGUUUUUUGUUAUCUAGCACAAAUAUUGUGCGUUUGCAUCUUGUGAGGGUGUGAGAUAAAUUUAUGAGUGGAUGGUGAUUGAGAAGUACUGAGCUCCGUCAUUGUGGAUCAUAAGUUCCUGGUAUAAAUAACACAUUUUUUGAGCA